AUGGUUACUAUAGCCAACGCCCACGACGAGCUCAUCCACGAUGCCGUGCUUGACUACUAUGGAAAGCGUCUUGCUACGUGCCUGAGUGACAAAACAAUCAAGAUUUUCGAGGUUGAAGGCACGGAAAACUACCAAUUAACAGAAACGUUGGUGGGUCAUGAAGGACCUGUUUGGCAGGUUGCAUGGGCUCAUCCCAAAUUUGGGUCCAUUUUGGCGUCCUGCUCGUACGAUGGUAAGGUUUUGGUGUGGAAAGAGCUGCCUGAUAGACUGUGGUCAAUUAUUUCUGAACACAAAGUUCACCAAGCAAGUGUCAAUUCGGUCAGUUGGGCUCCUCAUGAAUUGGGUGCGGUUUUGUUGUGUACUUCGUCAGAUGGACGAGUAUCGGUGGUGGAUUUCAACGAUGACGGCACUCUGACCCAUAUAAUAUUCGAGGCUCACAAAAUUGGUGUCAAUUCUGCUUCGUGGGCUCCAGUAGACACAAAGUCACCGGUGCGCCGGUUUGUCACGGGAGGAUCCGACAAUUUGGCCAAAGUUUGGCUGCUUGAUGCUUCCAAAAGCACAUAUGUAGAAGAGGCGAAGCUCGAGGGACACACCGACUGGGUGAGGGAUGUGUGCUGGUCGCCAUCUGCGUUGGUACGUCUGUACAUUGCUACGGCAUCUCAAGAUCGUACUGUGUUGAUCUGGCACCAAGAUGGAGAGGGAAAGUGGCAGAAGCAAAAGUUGACGGAGGAGUUGUUUCCAGAUGUGUGCUGGAGAUGCUCGUGGAGCUUCUCAGGCAAUAUCUUGGCGGUAUCUGGUGGAGACAACAAGGUGAGUUUGUGGAAGGAAAAUUUGCAAGGAAAGUGGGAAAGUGCCGGAGAAGUCGACCAGUAG